CUAUGAUAUAAACCGGUCAUCUUCGUAUGCAUGCUACAUAUAGCAAAAGUAUUAUUUACUCGUACCAGGGGCUUCUGUUUCGUCACCCUUGAUCGUCUCAUCUCCUAAACCAAAUUUCUCAAGUCCAUUUCAACAUGAUUUCUACGAUGGUUCGGAAUGUCCCCAAAAUUGUUAGUUUUCCGAACGGAAGCAACGGCUCCGUUGUUGGCCAUCUCUACCUCCCUAAAACCUAUAAUUGCAAUCAACGAUAUCCUGCCGUCGUCGUUGGCGGUUCAAUGGCGUCUGUCAAGGAGCAGAUGAGCGGUACAUAUGCGAGCCAAUUGGCGCACCACGGCAUCAUCGCCAUGGCCAUUGAUUAUACCAACUGGGGGGAAAGUAGUGGCGCGGAGCGUCAGUCAGAAGUCCCGACACAGAAGACUAAAGACCUGUCAUCAGCAGUGAGCUACUUGGUAAGCCGGAAGGACGUCGCUGCUACAGCACUCUUGGGCAUAUGCACUUCUGCUGGGAAUAUUCUUUAUGCUGCAGCAGAGGAUCAUCGUGUGCGCGCUUUGGUAACAGUAGCAGGCUUUUUCGGGGAGCCGGGUCUACUUUCAACACUGUUUGGUACUGAUGGGGUUGAAAGUCGAAAGGCUUCAGGUCGUCAAGCUCGUGAGCUUUACAGAGAGACGGGCGAAAUUGAGACGAUUAAAGCGUACUCGGAUACUGAACCUGCAGCAAGCAAAACUCCUAAAGAUUCCUACUAUAUGGAUCCGUCACGAGGCGGUGGUGUUCGCGCGUGGCGCAAUUCUUUUGCCGUCAUGUCAUGGGAGUCAUGGCUCGCUUUUGACCCCGUUGAGAAGGCUUCACAUGUUACUGCUCCGACGUUGAUGAUUCAUUCUCAAAAGGCAGCAUUCCCUACUCAGGCAUCCAAGGUCUACGAUUUGUUGGCUGGACCGAAAGAAUGCAUUUGGACAGAGGCAACUCACUUCGACUUUUACGAUAAUCCAGAAACGGUACAACAUGCUGUCCAGCAAAUCGCCGUGUUUCUGCACAAAACGCUUGUGCUCUAAGGUUAACUUGGUGGUGGCGGGGCAUGUAUCUAUUUUAUUCGCAAUACUGCAUCAUCGAACACCCGGCUCCAUUCAGAAGUCGUAGUAUAAUCCACCUUACGGAACAGAGGGACAUGGCGCAUGGUAUGCAGGCCAAAUUCUUUGGCCAGAAAUAAACGAUAAUAACCGGAAAGCUUAAUGGUACAAGAAAAGCGUCAAUCUGGCAAGGAUAGCAAGGCGGACUUCUCAGUGGCAAGGCCAGAGGGGAGACUAAGCCAGUCAAGAUUUAUCUAUCCAACUUUUCGUGAUGCACCAGGGGCACCAGAAUCCAGAGUUUAAUUGAGCAGGACAAGCACUGUAUGAUAGCUGUGUUAAUAGGAUUAUUAAUCUAUGGAUACCCACUUACCCCCGCG